CCGGCAGGCGCCAUGACUGGCUGUGCGGGCCCGGGCUCCCAAGGUUUCUGCUGGUCUCUACACCGCGUCCUGUUACUGUAUCUGUUUUUACUUAGUACCCUGGCCAACAAACUUAACGUGCCACAGGUGUUGCUACCCUUUGGCCGGGAGCCAGGCCGGGUGCCCUUCCUGCUGGGAGCGCAGCGGGGCUGCUACACUUGGCACUCUACCCAUCCUGAUGCAGUUACUGUUGAGCCUUUAUUUGAAAAUGGCAUCUUAUGUUCUCAAAGAGCUGUACUCAUUGCUCAAUCUACUCAACCGAUACGCCUCAGCAGUAUUAUUCUUGCUCGAGAAACAGUGACUGACCAUGAACUACGCUGUGACGUUAAGGUUGAUGUGAUCCACAACAUCGAAAUUGUGUCUCGGGCCCGGGAACUAUAUGUAGACGAUUCACCACUGGAGCUGAUGGUGAGGGCUUUGGAUGCUGAAGGAAAUACUUUUAGUAGUUUGGCAGGGAUGAUGUUUGAAUGGAGCAUUGCCCAGGAUAACGAGGCAGCAAGAGAAGAACUGUCUAGCAAAAUUAGGAUUCUGAAAUACUCUGAGGCAGAAUAUUCUCCCCCAGCCUAUAUAGCCGAGAUGGAAAAAGAAGAGAAACAAGGAGAUAUGAUUUUGGUGUCUGGGAUUAGGACUGGUGCUGCUGUUGUAAAAGUUCGAAUUUAUGAACCGUUCUAUAAGAAAGUAAUGCCAGCAUUGAUACGUCUGCUUGUUUUGGAAAACAUAUUUCUUAUACCAUCCCAUGAUAUUUAUCUGUUAGUAGGCGCGUAUAUUAAAUACCAAGUUGCAAAAAUGGUUCAGGGGAGAAUGACAGAGAUGAAAUUUCCCCUGGAACAUUAUACACUGGAGUUACAAGACCAUAGAGUUGCAAAUAAUAGGUCUCUUUCUGGGAAAGUGGCUUUAUUGGAUGAGCAGACAGCCAUAGUAACUGCCUCCCAACUGGGCCAAGCUAACCUUGUCUUUGUCCAUAAAAAUGUCCAUAUGCGAUCUGUUUCUGGACUCCCAAAUUGCACCAUAUAUGUUGUAGAGCCUGGAUUUUUAGGUUUCACCAUCCGACCUGGAGACCGAUGGAGUCUAGAGGUGGGACAAACGUAUGCCAUUACAGUGGAAAUAUUUGAUAAAAGUAGCACGAAGGUCUAUAUUUCAGAUAACCUCAGGAUCACAUACAGCUUUGUAAAGGAGUACUUUGAAGAGCAACUGACUACCGUGAAUGGAUCUUACCAUGUGGUAAAGGCCCUGAAAGAUGGUGUUGUGGUGAUAAACGCAUCCUUGAUGUCUGUCAUUCACCAGAAUAAAAAUAUUCAGCCUUUAAAAUGUCUAAUCAAACACCAGCAAGAAGUAAAGAUUUAUUUUCCCAUCAAGCUUACACCCAACUUUCUGGCCUUUCCUCAUCAUCCUAUAGGAGAGUUAUAUCGUUAUAAAGUACAGGUAGAAGGCGGUAGCGGCAACUUCACCUGGACCUCUUCUAAUGAAACAGUGGCCAUGGUAACCACCAAAGGAAUGGUGACUGCAGGGCAGGUCAGGGGGAACAGCACUAUACUGGCCCGAGAUGUACAAAAUCCCUUUCGAUAUGGAGAAAUUAAGGUAGAUGUCCUGAAACUGAACAAAAUGGAACUGUUACCAUUCCAUGCUGACGUGGAGAUCGGUCAGGUUAUAGAGAUCCCCAUCGCGAUGUAUCAUGUGAAGAAGGAGACCAAAGAGGCCGUUGCAUUCACAGACUGCUCUCACUUAUCCUUGGAUCUGAACAUGGACAAGCAAGGAGUCUUUACUCUUCUCAAAGAAGGUAUUCAAAGGCCUGGACCAACACACUGUUCUAGCACACAUAUCGCCGCCAAAUCUCUGGGCCAUACUCUGGUAACAGUGAGUGUGACUGAAUAUGAAGAAUACUUGGAGAGCAGUGCCACAUUCGCUGCUUAUGAACCCCUGAAGGCACUAAACCCUGUGGAAGUGGCAUUGGUGACAUGGCGGUCUGUGAAGGAAAUGGUAUUUGAAGGGGGUCCUCGCCCAUGGGUCUUGGAGCCUUCCCGGUUUUUUCUGGAAUUAAGCAUGGAGAAGAUGGAGAAAAUUGGAAUAACACAAAUCCGGAUGCCAGCUAAGAGAAAACAGAACCAGUACAUCUACCGGGUCCUAUGCCUGGACAUAGGGGAACAAGUUCUUACAUUCCGAAUUGGAAAUCACCCAGGAGUCCUGAACCCUAGUCCAGCUGUAGAGGUUGUGCAAGUACACUUCAUAUGUGCCCACCCUGCCAGUAUGUCAGUAACCCCAGUAUAUAAGGUUCCAGCUGGUGCUCAGCCGUGUCCUCUGCCACAGCACAACAAACAACUGAUUCCUGUAUCAAGUCUGAGGGACACAAUCCUAGAAUUGACAGUGUUUGAUCAACACAGGAGAAAGUUUGACAAUUUCAGUUCACUCAUGCUAGAAUGGAAAUCCUCCAAUGAAACACUAGCCCAUUUUGAAGAUUAUAAGUCAGUGGAGAUGGUAGCGAAAGACGAUGGCAGCGGGCAGACCCGGUUACACGGUCACCAGAUCCUUAAAGUACAUCAGAUAAAGGGGACUGUACUCAUUGGAGUCAAUUUUGUAGGCUAUUCAGAGAAGAAAAGCCCAAAGGAAAUUGCCAACUUGCCCAGAUCUGCAGCUGUGGAGCUGCUCCUGGUGAAUGAUGUAACCAUACUGCCUGAGAAUGCCACCAUCUAUAACCACCCUGAUGUGAAGGAAAUAUUUAGCCUUGUGGAAGGAUCUGGUUAUUUUUUAGUCAACAGCAGUGAGCAAGAUAUUGUCACCAUCACUUAUAUAGAAGCAGAAAGCUCUGUCCAGUUAGUUCCAGUACAUCCUGGGUUUCUCACCUUGGAGGUCUAUGAUCUGUGCUUGGCUUUCCUGGGUCCAGCAACGGCCCACCUCAGGGUUUCCGACAUACAAGAGCUGGAGCUUGAUCUGAUUGAUAAGGUUGAAAUAAGCAAAACCGUGUUAGUGACUAUAAGGGUUCUUGGCUCUUCCAAACGCCCUUUUCGAAAUAAAUAUUUCAGAAACAUGGAACUUAAACUGCAGCUGGCUUCCGCCAUUGUCACCCUGACGCUGAUGGAAGAACAGGAUGAAUAUUCUGAGAAUUAUAUCCUUCGAGCUGUUACUAUUGGGCAAACCACACUUGUGGCUAUUGCCAGGGACAAGAUGGGGAGAAAAUUCACAUCGGCUCCUCGGCAAAUUGAAGUGUUUCCUCCAUUUAAACUUCUUCCAGAAAAAAUGACACUGAUUCCAACUAACAUGAUGCAGGUAAUGUCUGAAGGUGGUCCCCAGCCUCAAUCCAUCAUUCACUUCUCCAUCAGUAAUCAGACUGUGGCUGUUGUUAACAGGAGAGGGCAAGUUACAGGGAAGGUGGUUGGCACAGCUGUGGUCCACGGCACCAUCCAGACAGUGAAUGAAGAUACUGGCAAAGUCAUUGUGUUUUCCCAGGAUGAAGUGCAGAUUGAAGUUGUUCAGCUAAGGGCUAUUAGGAUCCUGGCAGCUGCAACGCGACUCAUCACAGCUACUGAGAUGCCAGUUUAUGUCAUGGGAGUGACCAGUACCCAGACCCCUUUCUCCUUCAGCAGUGCCAACCCUGGGCUCACAUUCCACUGGUCCAUGAGCAAAAGGGAUGUAUUGGAUCUGGUGCCCAGGCAUUCAGAGGUUUUUCUACAGCUCCCCAUAGAGAAUAACUUUGCCAUGGUUGUCCACACAAAAGCGGCUGGCCGGACCAGUAUCAAAGUCAGUGUCCACUGUAUGAACAGUUCCUCUGGGCAGUUUGAGAGGAAUGUCUUGGAAUUGUCUGAUGAAGUUCAGAUCCUGGUGUUUGAAAAACUCCAACUUUUCUACCCAGAGUGCCAACCUGAGCAGAUUCUGAUGCCCAUGAAUUCUCAGCUCAAGCUCCAUACUAACAGGGAAGGCGCUGCCAUUGUGAGUUCCCGUGUUCUCAAGUGUUUCCCUAAUUCAUCUGUCAUUGAAGAGGAUGGCCAAGGACUCCUGAAAGCUGGUUCCAUUGCAGGUACUGCUGUGUUGGAAGUCACUUCUAUAGAACCUUUUGGAGUCAACCAAACAACUAUAACUGGCGUCCAGGUCGCACCAGUGACGUACCUGCGAAUGAGCAGCCAACCCAAGCUGUACACAACCCCAGGAAGGACCCUGUCGGCUUUUCCCCUGGGCAUGUCUCUCACCUUCAUCGUUCAGUUUUACAGUAGCACCGGAGAGAAAUUCCACACACAUAAUACCCAGCUUUAUCUGGCACUGAACAGAGACGACUUGCUGCUUAUUGGACCAGGGAAUAGAAACUAUACUUACAUUGCCCAGGCUGUGAACAGAGGGGUGACUCUUGUUGGGCUCUGGGACCGGAGACAUCCAGGCAUGGCAGAUUAUAUCCCUGUGGCUGUAGAGCACGCCAUUGAGCCAGACAUCAAGCUUACCUUUGUUGGAGACGUCAUCUGCUUCAGCACUCACCUUGUCAACCAGCAUGGUGAAUCUGGGAUGUGGAUGAUUUCUGCUGACAAUAUUCUACAGACAGACAUUGUCACUGGAGUUGGAGUGGCCAAGAGUCCAGGAACUGCAACAAUUUUUCAUGACAUCCCGGGAGUAGUGAAAACAUAUCGAGAGGUGGUGGUCAACACAUCAUCAAGAUUAAUGCUCAGUUACGACCUUAAGACUUAUCUCACCAAUACCCUCAAUUCAACUAUAUUUAAGCUCUUCAUUACCACUGGCAGAAAUGGUGUCAACCUUAAAGGAUCCUGUACCCAAAAUCAGGCCUCGGCCAUUACAAAGGUACUUCUCCCAGAGACCCUCAUGCUGUGCCAUGUACAGUUCAGUAAUACUUUGCUAGACAUUCCAGCAAGUAAAGUCUUUCAUGUCCGCUCAGAUUUUAGCAUGGAGAAAGGGGUUUAUGUCUGCCUCAUCAAGGUGCGGCCCCAGUCAGAGGAGCUGCUCCAGGCCCUCAGCACGGCUGACACCUCAGUGUACGGUUGGGCCACGCUGGUCAGUGAACGGGGCAAGAAUGGAAUGCAAAGAAUCCUGAUUCCUUUCAUCCCAGCCUUUUAUAUGAACCAGUCCGAACUCGUUCUUAGCCACAAGCAAGACAUCGGGGAAAUAAGAGUGCUGGGAGUGGACAGAGUUCUUGAAAAGUUGGAGGUCUCCCCCAGCUCCCCAGUUCUGGUGGUCUCAGGCCACAGGCACUCUCCCGUCACACCUGGCCUGGUCAUCUAUCCUGUAAGAGUAGUCAACUUCACUUCCUUCCAGCAGAUGGCAUCACCUGUUUUUAUCAAUAUUUCUUGUGUGCUCACCCAGCAAAGUGAAGCUGUGGUAGUGAGAGCUAAGAAGGAUACAUCUGAAGAUCAAUGUGAAGAUUCAGGUAUCCUCAAGUGGUUCGUUGGUUCUUACCAGAUCCUCCUCUUUACCCUCUUUGCGGUGUUGGCAUCAACUGCUUUCAUCUUUCUAGCAUACAAUGCCUUCUUAAAUAGAGUCCAGACUGUUCCAGUUGUUUAUGUACCAACUAUAGGAACACCACAGCCAGGUUCAUAUACCUCUACACGUUCUCCCCCUCACUUCAUGAGUGCACAGCCACCCUUGACUCAGAGUCGGCUACAACACUGGCUAUGGAGUAUAAAGCACUAACCCACACUCUGACAAGUUUCCUCUAACUGUAGAAUGGACAUUACCAGCCCUACACAAGGAACCUAA